AUGGCGGGCGUGGUGCAGACGGCCGCUGCCGGCGCUGCCGUUGAGGAGGCAGCGGCGGUCGUCACGGCCCCGGAGGCCGCAGAGGCGCUGGAGAUCGUGGAGGCUGCGGGGGCUCAGGAGGCGAUGGAGAUUGCGGAGGCUCAGGCAGCCCGGCCCUGGGAGGCCGCCGGAGCCCAGGAGGUGCUGGAGGUUGAGGAGGCCGAGGCGCCCGAGGACACCGAGCGCUCUGACCAGGAGGUAGCAGCCGCGGCGGCGGCGCGGGUGGUGGACGGGCCACCGCGGGCGGCGGACGAGCCAGCGCAGCGGGCCGCGGCAGCGGCAGCGGAGGCGCGGCCCUCGGCGGGAGCGCCGCCGUGGACGGUGCCGCGGCUGAGCCCGCCAGUGCGGCUGCGCAUGGCAUCGGCCGACAGGCUGUGCCCACGCGCCAUGCUCGUCGAGUGGGAGAACGGGUCGGAGAAGCGCGGGCACUGGCUGUCUUCCGAGGACCCGCUCCACAACGGCUGGUACGAGGCCGAGAGGUUGCUGCCCCCCACGGCAACCAACAUCACGGUUCAGUUCAAGGUGAAGGGGCCCCACAAGAAGUGGGACGUUUGCAUGGUGGACCGCCGUAACGGUUGCGCCUGGGUCAUGCCUGGCAAGGACCGUUUCGCCCUGGAGGUGUUUUGCUUCAGGGUGGGCGCUGGGCGGUUCGAGGACCCUAUCGACGCAGUGUUCGAGCUGAAGGGCCCGGUGCACGGCUGCUUCGUGCACCGCGCGUGGAACGCCGCGAGAGUGGGGGAGCCCGAGGAGUGGGAGAGCUGGGACGACGAGGAGUCCCGCCCGCCCUCGGAGGGGCCCCCGUCCGUCCUGCAGGCCGCGGAUGCGGCCGCGCCGCCCCAGGAGUGCAGCAGCGCCGAUGCGUACUUGGACAUUGCCACGCGUAGGGCGUGCGCGGCCGUGGAAGAGGUGGUGGCCGUGCACCGGGAGACCACCAGAGCCCUGGAGGGCCUGGACGCGUCCUGCAGCGGCCAGUGGCUCCGCAGCAACAUGGGGACGAGCCUCAGCGCAGGCCUCUUCGUUGCAGCGGUCCCGGCCACGAUCCUGAUGCCCCCAGUGGGCAUCGGGCUGGCCGUCGCGGGCAGCUUGGCGGGCUCCGCCGCGAUGGGCGGCGGCUCGCUGGAGGAGAGGUGGAGCCUGGCCAGGCUCAGGAGCCAAUUGUCCCGGGACGGCUGGAACGCCUUCGUGGCCGCCGAGCUGCUCAAGGAGUGGGUCCGCGCCACUGAGGUCGCUGGGCUCGGGCAGCUCGCCCGCGAGAGCGAGCAGGAGGGCCCGCAGCGGCAGUCGACCGCGGCGGGCGUGGCCAGGUCCGCGUUGCUAGGCGUCGCCAUGCUCAGCGACGAGGCCGCGGCGGCGCUGCCAGUGCUCGGGCCUGUGGGGAUCAUCCUGGGCGCCGUGCUCACCACGGGCAUCGCGAUACACGGCUGGAGCUCGCGGAAGUUCAGCCAGAAGGAGGUGCGCGGGAAGCUGGCGGAGCUGAGGGAUCGGCUCCUAUUUUUCCAGUUCUUCCUGGCGAGGCUGGGGCGGCUGCGGUGCGCGGCUUGCGGCCAGGAGCUGUCGGAGGGCGCUCCGGCGAGCCGGUGCGCGGGCCGUGUCCAUUACUGCCACGCGGGCUGCAUGCAGAGCACCGCCGCGGGGGGCCUGCGGUGCCCGGUCUGCGGAGGGCCUGCCGACGAGCGCGGCGGGGCCUCGAUCGCCGAGCACGCCCACGGCUCCGCCCACAGCAGGGCGCAGGGCCACCUGGACUUCGGCGCUUCGGAGCGGCCACUCGAGGGGGCGGCGCGGGCCGUCGGCAACGGCGCAGACGCUACGCUCGACGAGGGACUUCUGCUGCGAUUCCAGGAGCGACUGUCCCUCCUCUCGGAGGCGCUGGCGAGCCCGCCGAGCGGCCGCGAGCACGUGCAGAGCGCCGCCGCCGAGGCGCGAGACUGCGAGGCCGAGGGCGCGGAGCUGCAGGUGCUGGCCGCGGUGGCCGCCGACCGAGGCGGCAGCGUCGAGCUCGUGCUGGCGGCGGCAGACGCACUGGAGCAGCUACGGCAGGUCCUCGAGGCGUACGGCGGCUGGCGCGCGCAGGCGGCGCCCGAAUGGGCGGUUGAGGACGAGCCGGAGGCCGCGCAGUCUAGGCCUGUCACUGGGUACUCGCACGUGGAGUUCGCUUGGUCAUUGGCCAUUCGGGCCGCUUGGCCCGCCGCGGGCCUCCGAUGGCGGCGGCGACAGACCGCCGUGCGGCGCUGGCCGCAGCCCGCGGGGCUGCGCUGGCGGUGCACGGCGUUGCUGGCCUGGCGCGGGGCGCGGCAGCCGCUCGGCUACUGCGCACUGCCGAGUGCAUCGUGCGCGCCGCGGCGGCGAUGCUCGACGCCGAGCUUCGCACCGCCCGUGGCGCUGCCGCUGGUGGUGGAGGAGUCGGUGGUGCAGGUGACCCUGCUGCGCCGCCUGCCGCUCCUGCGACGGGCGCCCCGCCUGAUGGCCAGCGGCAACGGCGGCGGCGCCGUCGCCGCGUUCGGCGUCGCCGAGCCCGCGGAGAGCAGACCUCCUGGUCGCCGAGGCUGGCGCUACGCGGGGCGCCCUCGCGAGCUGGACGAGGAGCAUCUGCGGGUGAUGCUCUGGUACGUUCGGCGGGGCGCCGAGGCCGCGGCCAGGGGCGGCGCUGGGCCAGACCGCGGUGGUGGCGCGGCCGCGUCCGCCACCGAGACGUCCCAGGGCAGGUCGGAGCAGUGGCAUUCGGGUGGCUGGGACGCGACGAGAAGCACAUGGCAGGAGCCGGACUACAAGCCUGGCGAGCAGCAGUGGGCUUCUUCGCGAUCCACCUGGACUCCGGCUUCGGCCUGGGAGAGCUACGGGGACAGGCAUUGGAAAGACGAGCAUUGGGGCGACUGGUCAUCCGGAUGGAGAUGGAACGACAGCUACAAGGACAGCAAGUGGGAGCCCAAUAAGCGCCACUCCGGACAUGAUGACGACCGCCCCAGCACGAACACCGGCAAGGACUUCGCCGACCCCGAGAAGUGGAGAGGCUGGGGAGACUACCGCACGCGGCGCCGCACGGUGCUGCGCUGGAGAACACUGACGGACGUUCCCUCCCACAAGCAGGCUGAUCGCCUCUUCCGCUCUCUUGAUCAAGACCUUCAACGGAAGCUCGAGGACCUCGAUGACGACACGCUAUGCAGCUCAUGGGAUUUCGACGCCAUUAUCAAACGCCUUGACUUGAUGUCUGGUGAAAGACACGGCGACGAGCGACGGAAGGUCGCUCGAGAGUGCUUACUGGAUUAUUCACGCAAGCAGGGAGAGAAUCUCACCGAAUAUUGUGCACGCGUGGACACGGCCUUCGACAGGGUAGCUACUCAGGGGCUGCCGCUUCCAGACGAGUGGAAACUGAUGUUCCUGGAGGAAGGAGUUUCUCUCGACGAGCGCUCGGCGCAGAUGGUCAAGGUGCUCAUGAGGGACCAGAAGGACUACAAGUCGGCUCUUUCGGCUACUCGGGAGAUGGACAUCUCCCAUCGAGAGCAUUUCAAAGCACGCAGGACCUACGCCACUAUGGGCUCGGAAGCACCUCUACCUCAGGUGCCUACCUAUCAGGUCGAGCGCGACGACGAGUCCUUGCUCGACUAUUCGGAUGUCUCCCCCAUGGACUCAGACGGGGAAGCAGAGGUCUGGGCGAUCCUGGAGUCGGCCGACGUCGGGGAGGACGACGCGCCUGCAGCGCUGGCCGCCAUCAACCAGGAGCGUCGCAAGACAUGGAAGCAGAACCGCGACUUGAAGAGACAGCUGAAGACCGACCGGAAGUUCUACGAUAGGUCUGGCCAGGGCCGUGGCAGCGAUGGGCGCGAGAAGGCUCGCAGGCCCGGCCACAGGGCAGCAGACGGCACGUUCAGAGCGCGGAAGAGCCGCCUUCCGCUUGCUGAGUUAAUUAAGCGCACGAGAUGCCGUGUCUGUCAUCAGAAGGGACACUGGUCUCGAGAGUGCCCACGGAAGCAGGGCGCAGGAGCCAAGGACGAAAAGGGGUCCCUUGCCACGGGUAUGACUUUCCUGUAUGUGAAUGCUUUAGAUCACUCCACGUCCCAGUGCUUUGACGAGCCUCCUCCUCCAACCUACGCAGUUGUCCUGCUCGCCGUAGGUCCUGGGGCCAUGGUGGUCGACACCGCGGCCGGUCAGGGCCUCGUAGGCAUUGAGGGUAGCAUGGGGGUGCUGGAGCUGGAUGUCCUGGACCAGGGCUUUGAGUUCCAGGUCGAGACGUUUCAGAGCCAGGGGAGGGUCGACAGCGCGGGGUUGGAGGUGGCCGACGUGGGCCACGAGGAGCGGCCACAUACGAUGACGGAUCGCAUGCAGAGCCAGACGGACUCAGCAUGGGUCUACGGGGCCACCGGGACCUACGUCCCGGAGAACCUCAACAAGGGCGAGAAGGGAUGGGCCUGCUUGGCCGGGUGGGCGCUAUAUUGGUCGGCGCGUCUGGCCGAAGAGUUCGGGAGUAUGUGCCGCGCCAAGCGCUUCUGGCCGACCAACCUGCCCAAGUCUCUUCGUCGCCUCUUGGAGGCGUACGAGACGUGUUGGCACCCACCGACGCUCGUGAGCUACGGAGCCAACUCGUGGGGGAAGUGGUUCGUAUGCAGCGGGUGCACGAUGAGGGUCGGAUACUGGGAGCUGAGGCCGACAAAAGGGACUGUGAAAGAGGAGGAGAUGUGCCUGUGCAAGAAGAAGGACGCCGCGUGCACGCUGCGUGGACAAGGUUGGGCUCAGGGCGCGACCGCCGAGCCACAGUGGCAGGCCUUGAUAUGCGUGCCCAAGCCACCUCCUGGAGCCGAGAGGGCUCCGUUACCUCUUCACCCGGGCAUGAUGGCCGGAGGUCUGGCGGGCGGCUCAUUCAUGACGGCUCGGCAGCCGGCGUAUCAGCGAGUGGCGGAGGACGCGGCGAAGGUCACCGAGGCGCUGCAGAAGGAUCAGGCGGAACAGAGGUCCGCAGCAGCAGCAGCUCGCCGGGCGUCCUCAGCGAAGCGCAAGCCAGAGAGCGACACGGAGGCCAUGGACACCGCCUCCGACCCACUCGAGGAGAUGCGCGAGUACCAGGCCAAGACCGAGAGGGACAUGAAGGGUAUGGUCGAGAGUCAAUUUCAGGAGAUGAAGGCCAUGAUCCAGGGGGUGAUGGCCUCGCAGGCGUCGCAGCAGGAGGCGCUCGAGCGGGUCACGACCACCGUUAAAGAGCAGAUGACGGCGAUCGCGACAGCCCAGGGACAGGCGCAGGAGGCCAGCCGAAUGAUCAGGGCCAUAGCGCAGGGCAGCUCGAGCAGCAAGGCGGGCCAGGUCAAGGUCACAGCCGCUGCAAUUGACUCUCCCCCCAAGGCGGAGGCCAGGGCACCGCAGGCUCGAGAGGUUCCACAACGGCCAGCGCCGUCGGGGCAUCCUUCGUCACUGGGCCAGCAGAUGACCGAGCCACAGCCUCAGAGCCCACCACUUCUCGCAGCGGGGGCGCCGCCAGGAGUGGCUCCAACAGCGUGGGCCUACAUUGGGACAGCACCUCUCGACGGGACGAGUGCGCCGGCGGCGAUGGCCUCCCAGGCGAUGCUGCACCAGCAGGCGGCAGCCAACGCGGGGGCGCCGCAGCCGACGAGGUCACCAGCGCUGGGAGGCUAUCCGACGCACGGUCCCCCGGUCGAGCAGAAGAAGGACGCAGUGACUCCUCCACGCAAUCCGGACCGCCUCUUCACUGCGGACGAGAUGCCGAUCGGCUCCACGGGGACGCUGACCACGGAGGCCAGCAUUUCACAACCGGGCACGGACCUGGCAGCCCCGCCAACGGCAGCAGUCGGCCCCUACGGCAAGGGCAACAACAAGGGCAAGAGUACUCCCUCACGCAAGCCGGAGAACAGACCCGUGGACGCCGGGCCCGGACUGUGCACCCUGGGCAGUCUCGAUCUGGCGACGGGGUGGGAUUUUAGGAAGAAAGACGAUCAGGACAGGGCCAUGGAGCUCGUUCGGACCAAGAAGCCGUGGAUGAUUUUCCUGGAACCCCCGUGCGCUGAGUUCAGUCCGAUCCGGGAGCUCUUUCGGAAAACCUCUCCCGAGCCUCUGGAGGUUCAAGAGCGGAAGAAAAGAGAAGCUCUGGACCUUUUGGCUUUCUGCAUGAAGCUGGCACUUGUCCAGGUUCAGGAGGGUCGACGUUUUGCUUUUGAACAUCCGAAUGGGGCCGCGUCCUGGCGAAAGCACGUUGUGGAUAUGAUCAGGAAGCUUCCGGGGGUCAUGGAGGUGGCCAUAGACCAGCGUGAGUUCGGUCUGUCCGUGAUGCAGGCCGUGACCAUCAAGAUACUUGAGCACGGAAGCGCCGAAGGACACUCGCCGACGCAGGUGGCCGAGGACCAGCCAACGCAACCGCUCUUCGCAAACGACUACGGGGGCGACCAGCCUGACGUGGCCAAGAACGACGGGCAGGGUGAGCAGUGCGAGCAGGAGGGUCCCGAGGCCAAGAAGCAAAAAACCAUUGCGGGCGACGCCUCCGAGAUGACGAAACACUCUUUCCUCGACGUUGUCGAGCAAUUUCAGCGUGGCGGCAGCAGCGCAUCAGACACUUUAGUAGAGCAUGAUAGCGUAGUGCACCUGGGCGGUAUCCCUGGCGGUGAGGGCCUACGCGGUGACUUCAGGGACCCCAAGGGCAUCAAAAAGGUUGAUCUCUUCGAAGAUGGUACUCAGCAAUACUAG